CAAUGAGAGAGAGAGAGAAGGGAGGAGGAGAGAAAGGAGAGAAAGACACAGGAUAGAGGGAUAAAGGCUGAUAAGGCUGCACCAAACAGACAGCCGGUUACAGUGGAGAGAAAGAGAGUGAGUGGAGCUGUGUCUUCACCCAACAGUGUGAUUCUGCUGCAGCUUCUCUCUCUGUCACUGACUGACUGACUGACCCAACACAGAUGAUGUCAUCAGAGCAUCUGACCUGCGGUUGGCUGCAGCAGCUCCUCGUUGUACUUCUGAAGCUUUGCCUCACUUUUGCUGGGCCUUUGCGACCACUCAAUGGGACAGAAUGCACAGCCAAGGGCCCUGCUUCCUACAUCCUGGUCUUUACAGGUCACUGGAGCCCACAGGCUUUCCCCAAGCAGUAUCCACUCUUCCGGCCCCCUGCACAGUGGUCCAAACUCAUAGCGGUAAGCCAUAAUCGUCAUUUUCGGCUAUGGGAGGAGGGUGCUCCAGCUGGUACAGGAGUGCAGAACUUCUCUGAAAUUGGGGUGACAGUGGAGCUGAUGAAGGCGGCCAAGGACGCCAGGAAGAGACGAGCGGUCGGCGCCAUGUACCGAACGGCAGGCAUCCCUGACGGCAUCGGGCACAGCUCCACAGAGUUGAUCAUUCAGCCCCGGAGCUCACUGUUGUCCCUGAUGGUGAAGAUCAUCCCCAGUCCCGACUGGUUUGUUGGUGUGGACAGCCUGAACCUCUGUGAGGGCAGCCAGUGGAAACAGGAAGUGACCGUUGACCUCCAUCCUUAUGAUGCAGGGACAGACAGCGGAUUCACUUUCUCUUCUCCCAACUUCCCCACCAGCCCCCCAGAAAACAUCACAAAGAUCACAUCUGAGAUGCCGAACCAUCCUGCCAACUCCUUCUACUACCCACGUUUAAAGGACCUUCCACCUAUAGCCAGCAUAAGGAUCACGCAACAGAGCCGAUCAUCUGACCGUCAAACCCCAAUGUCCAAUCAUAUUCUGCCAAACUCUAUCAGUCCCCGGCGCUUCUCAGCAACACCAUUGGACUGUGAAGUGUCUCUCUGGUCAUCCUGGGGCUUGUGUCUUGGUCCCUGCUCCAGAGGCGGUGUCCGCCACCGCACGCGUUACAUCCUCUUGCGGCCGGCCAAUGCUGGCGUCCCCUGCCCUGAGCUGGAGGAACAGACUGAAUGCGUAUCACACAACUGUAGGAGACUCCAGUAACCCACAAGCACAGAUACUGCCAGUACUCAACACUGGGACUCUCACGUUAUUACUGCUGAGAAAUGUUGCUGCAUCUUGAGUAUCUCCUUGGAUAAUGCAAAGUGUGUUUGUCGCAGUCAAAUUGUGGCAAUGAAAGACUUGCCUGUGCAGCUCUUUAGUUUUAGAGCGUUCACUCCUCUGGGUGUAUCAUAAUGGCAAUAAACGGAAAUUGAAGUGUAGCAGAGCGUUGGACAGUUAUGUUUGAGAUAACACUUUGAAUGUGCUCAGAUAAAAAGAGAUUUUUAAUAAAUUGUCGUCGAUGCAGGAUAGAAAAAUUGAGAGGAGGUUGCAUGACACGUGUUUCCACUCAAAGACUUAUUAUUUGUUUGUUCAUUACCAAAAACAUGUGCAUAUAAUCUGUACACUGAUAGUGGCACACUAGAGUCACAAACCUUCCACACACUCUUACAUGUAUGCACACAAAGGUCCUUGCACAUACUGCAUACUUUUACAGGCACGGCGGCAUUAGUUUACUUAGGGAACCUAACCUAUGCUUGGCACAUGCAGCUCUUUCAAAAUAACCUCACACCCCGGUUUUUAAAUAUCACCUUUCAAAAGAAACACCUAAUAGCUGACUUGUGGCUUUGAGCUAGUCCAAAGAAGCUGGCCUAUUUUAUAAUUUUUUUUAGAAAGGUUUUUAUAGAAAGAAAGAAAAAUAUUUGUAUUAUUAUCUCUUUUGAUAUUUUAAUGUUGAGAUUUUGUAUAUACUGUAUGUAAUGUAUCCUUUCUUGUAUAACUCAUGAAUAAAUAUGGAGGUGUGUUUUUCAAAUAGAAAA